UUUCGAAAUCGGCGAAGAACAGUCGGAAUCUGUUGAUCGGAAAAUGGCGAACCAGUUGGAGAGCUUAGUGGCGACGAUAAAAUCGAAAGUGAGGGCGUUGAAGAAAUCGACGAAGAAGAGCGGCAACAAGCCGUACAUUAAGAUGGACAAAAGCUCCAGCGUCAAGGUGGAGAUCCGUAGCCGGAGAGCACGAGAGCUCAUCGAUCGGACUCUCAGGGCCGCCGAUUGCCCCGGAAAACGUACCGUUUCAUGACCCUCUUAU